CUUGUGUCAGUUGUAAGCCUCUUGUUUUUAAGACAACAACACCUUUUCCGGUCUGGUUGUUUUUUGAGUCGUUAACUUGACUCAGCUCUGUUUCAGCUGCAAUCUUGACUGAUGAGUGCGGCGGUGUUGUGGACGCUGCCGCCUCCUUCGUUAAAACACAUUUUUCCUGGUUUACACCGAGUUUUCUGGAAGGACUCUCUUCGGCGGUGAAGCAUCUUCCGCGCUUUUCACGAUGUCGGUGGCCGGGCUGAAGAAACAGUUCCACAAAGCCAGUCAGCUCCUGAGUGAGAAGAUCAGUGGAGCAGAAGGAACCAAACUGGAUGAAGACUUCAUGGAGAUGGAGAGAAAAGUUGAGGUGACCAACAAGUCUGUGUUCGACCUCUUAUCCAGAACCCAAGAAUAUCUCCAGCCUAAUCCAGCUUCUCGAGCCAAACUCAACAUGCUGAACACGAUGUCCAAGAUCCGAGGGCAGGUGAAGACCACGGGCUACCCUCAGACUGAAGGCCUGCUGGGAGACUGCAUGCUGCGCUACGGCCAUGAACUGGGAGACAAUUCAGUCUUUGGGGGCGCUCUGGUGGAUGUGGGCGAGGCCAUGAGGCAGAUGGCGGAUGUGAAGGAUUCCCUGGACAUAAAUGUCAAACAAAACUUCAUCGAUCCUCUGCAGAAUCUGCAGGACAAGGACCUCAAAGAGAUCACGCACCACCUGAAGAAGCUGGAAGGCCGCAGGUUAGACUUCGACUACAAGAAAAAGCGUCGUGGAAAAAUUCAAGAAGAGGAGAUUCAACAGGCUGUGGAGAAGUUUGAAGAGAGCAAAGAGUUGGCAGAGAGGAGCAUGUUCAACUUCCUGGAGAAUGAUGUGGAGCAAGUGAGCCAGCUGUCAGCGUUAAUCGAGGCAGCGUUGGAGUAUCAUCGACAGUCAUCUGAAAUCCUGGAGGAGCUGAGCGGCAAGCUGCACAGAAGGAUAUCCACAGCCAGCGGUCGACCUAAGAGAGAGUUCAAACCAAAGUCCAUCAGGAGCAGCAUUGAAACACUGGACAACAACCAGCACAACGGCCUGACCCACAGCUCCUCCAUCAGAUCCACUGAUAUCCAGAUCAACAACACAGUUAAUGGCAAAACUGAUCAUAUAACCACUGCUCCACUGUCAUGGCCCGAGAGCCCCGCCUCCAAUGGAAACCUUGAGCAGACUGAAGUCCUGGACCAGCCCUGCUGCCGCGCUCUCUACGACUUUGAGCCGGAGAACGAAGGCGAGCUGGGCUUCAAGGAGCGCGACAUCAUCAUCCUCACCAACCAGAUUGACGAGAACUGGUACGAGGGUAUGAUCAGCGGUCAGUCCGGCUUCUUCCCCAUCAACUACGUGGAGGUCAUCGUCCCACUGCCUCAGUGAAUCCUGACACGCGUCUUCAUCAACACUCGGCCUCCGUCCUCAGCUCUACUGGAGCCUGAAAAAAAAAAAAAAACCCUCCGGAGGAUCAGGCUGAAACUGUAGGGAGAACAACCUGUCUUCUGAUAUUUAACCGGAGUCGGAGUUUUAGUCGUAGGUCCGUCAGACGUUGCUGAUUCAUUUUUGUUUGUCUGUAUUUAUGAGACUGAAAUCCAAGCCAUUAAGUUCUGCACUCUGCCGGGUCAGGUCAGACCGAGGUCGUGAGGUCACAGCUCCGUGGUCAGAUCGUUUCCGCGUCUUCUUAGAAUGUGCUCGUCGUCGUUGCUGCCCUCGGCUUGUCUGCGCACCGACAGAAAUCACGACGCAUCAGGUGAAAAAUCACAAUCAAUCAGUGUCACGUUGCACACGGUUUUGUUCACCGUCACGUUUGGAACACGACACACUGGACCAGUUCAGGAAACCUGUCAGAUCCAUGUUAGAAAAUGACAUCUCGUCAGAUAAAUCAGGUAACAGAAUCAGUCAGAUGAAGAAAAAAUAACUUUUUAAUCACAGAAUCUCUCAUUAUUUUAAAUGAGUUUUUAACCAAACAAGUUUGAAAUCUCAGGCUUCGUUUAAGCACAAUUUAGGGAAAAGUCGUUCCGUUCCAGCUCAGUUCCUCUUACUGCAGUUAAAUCCAUCAACAUCAGGUUCAGGCAAACUAACCACGUUUGAUGAUUCUCUGCAGUCGGUGUCUCAUCACGAGUGACUGAGCGUCAGUGGCUGAUUCUGAUUGGAUAAAACA